UUUAAAUUACGUGCGCUUAUUUUUAAGAGUCAAACCAACAAAAGACACAAACCUCAUUGGUAGAGUCAUAUGUAGUUAAAUUUGCCGGCAUAUCGGGACGAACGACCGACCGACGACGACGAGACGUGGGCACCAGACGAAUCUUGUGUGAGGUGUCCUUUUGAUGCAAACAAUUAUUUUCAGGAUGUCUAAUCUUUUUAUGAACAUCUAGUGUUAACAUAAAUUGAAAUGUAAAAUUUGGAUAUACGUUAUAUUAAAACAUCUGCUGUUCACUUUUGGACAAGAAAUUAUGACCCAAUUUUAAAUCUAAUCUAACCUGUAAAAGAAACUAACUUAAAAUACCACCUGUAUGGUUAUUCUUCCCUUAAAUUCUGAAAAAUAAAUUCAUUAAGAUUGAAAUGCCCUGAGAUACAUAAGGUUGUUUUUUGUUGUGCCCUUGAUCACCCUGAGCCAUUUCUUCCCUAACGGUGUAUUCGUAUAUGUAUUUCGUUCGUUCUAACGUCCUUUUUCCAUACUAACUCAAGUUACAAAAAAACGCGCUACGCUACGACAACAGUUCGAAAGGAUGCGCGCCUGGGAAUAAGUGUUUUUUCAAGUGAUGUAUGCAUAGAAGAUAUAAAAUAGAAGGAAAAAUGUUUUCAUUUGUGGCAACGACGAUGAUGGUGGUGAAUCGCACUACUCAUCAUUGCGGAUGAUUACGAUGGUAAUGAUGUCGAUGACGGUGAUUACAAGUGCUUUGUUCCAAUUCCCAAGUGUCAGGAUGAUCAUAGUGCUGAUGAUGAUGAUGGUGGUGGUCAUAAUGAUGAUGAUGAUGAAGCACUUCAAAGUGAAAUAAUUUUAUAAUUGAAAUAUUACAAAAGAAAUUUAUUGCACUAGUGUACAGCUAAUUACAAAAAUUGUUGGCAAUUGAAAUUGAAAACUCCAGUUUAAAGGAUGACGAAAAAAGAAUAUGCGUUCUGUAUUACAUUCUCCUAUUUGUACCUAUACCAACAUACUUACCUUCGGAUGAUAAGUGCUUAAAUAUUUCAAAUUAUUUUUUGAGUGAAAAUGAAAACACGGUUCAUUAAACGUUGCGUUUGCUACGAAUAAAGCCGUGUGACAUAGAUUUAUGUGAAUAGAAAAUUGCUUUAAUAUUCUGAUCUGAGUGAAAUUUUUUUGUAAAUGCCAGGAUACUGACGAAAAGUGUAAUGAAAUGUUGCUGGAAUACUUAAUAUUGUUCUCUUGUGGAUUACUAAUCGACAAAUCUACAACAAGUAGUACAGAACAAUCAUGGACACAAUCCAAUGAACUGUCGACAAUCGUACAAGAAGACAACAACAUGCAACCGUAUUUUGAAAACACAACACAGAGGUCGAUUAUAGCAGCAGUUGGGCGGACGGCAAAGUUGCACUGUAAAGUGAGAAAUUUAGGUGAUCGUGCGGUAUCAUGGAUACGGAAACGAGACCUUCACAUAUUAACCAUCGGUAUAAUGACAUACACAAAUGAUCAGCGAUUUCAAGCUAUGCAUUUAGACGAAACAGACGAGUGGAUCUUAAAAAUUGUUUCAGUACAACCCAGAGAUUCCGGAAUCUACGAAUGUCAAGUAUCAACAGAGCCAAAAAUAAGUCAAGCGUAUCGCUUAACUGUUGUAGUGUCCAAAGCGAAAAUUCUCGCUAAUCCCGAGCUGUUCUUCAAAAGUGGAAGUGAUAUAAAUUUAACAUGUAUCGCAACACAAGCACCCGCCCCACCAUCAUACAUCUACUGGUACAAGGAUGGUGAUUUAAUAAACUAUUCGCAGCGUGGCGGAAUCAAUGUUCUUACUGAACGUCAGACAAAAACAAGUAAAUUAGUGAUAGCUCGUGUUGUGCCGUCAGAUUCCGGCAACUAUACGUGUACACCCAGUAAUUCGAAUUCCGACAGUGUGUACGUACAUGUCAUUAAAAGUGAGCAUCGGGCAGCAAUGCAGCACGAGCACGCCAGCCGCCUUGACGUACCCAACUGGAUUAUAGCUCUUUCAUCAUUGUUCUAUAUCCUUCAAAAUGCCCACAUCCUAAAGUCCAUGGCAGCAGUGUGGGUGGGGAAUUGUGUGGAAAAUCAGUUAGCAGCUGGACAUCAACUAUUGAUUGCAAGUAGAUAGCAUACCAAAAAUUGAGAAGCCAAUAACGAACAAAAACAAAAAACAACAGUAAACUAAUUAAUUAAUUACGAGUAUCAAAGUAGAAUAAAAUUAAUUUAUAAAAAGACAGAGAGAGAAAGUGAAACGUGAAUAUUCUUUUUUUCACAGGCUUUGUGAUGAAUACCUUAAUGAAGAACAGUAGUGAACAAAAGUAUAUCGAAUGAAUAUAUUAAUUAUUUUGUAUUUUUGCUUGCAAAUCUUUAUUAAAUAAAAUAUUAAAUAUGAUUUUUUGUUAUUUUGACAUUAACGUUGAUAGCUAAAGACUACAAAAGAACUGAAAUUCCAAAACCAUUAUAAUUUGUUUGUUUGAAUCUUUGAGUAUUGUCAUGAUGAAGAAAUACACUUAGAUAAUGAUAUUGCAGAUAACUUACAUCACAGGCAAUAACUUCACAUAGGAAAUAAAAUCAUCUUUAGUGAGAAAUAACUUACAUAUAUAUUGUCUGGUGAAUUUGGUUUCCAUUUUCAGAAUUUUA